UCCGCGCCCUCUACCUCCAUACCUAUUUCCGCUGACGUUACCAGUUGCUGUACGGAAGGUGGUUCUUAUUUCCUGCUGCCUCCGGUAAGAUGGCGACGUUCAGUAGAAGACUCUUUUGGAGUUUCUCCCGUUUCCUCAGACAAUCCAGCCCCAUAUUCUACAGAAGGCACGUCUUCAGCGUCUUUAGAGGUUCAUGGCGUCAAGUUCUGUCAGUGGGAUUGGGGGCCAGUCUCUGUGCUAUCCCAGUGGGACAGAGAUCAGAGCCUUCACUGUCAACUGAGCAUCUGAUAAGAAGGGCGGCCUCCCUGGUAACAGACAGUACACAGACCCUCCUGUCACAGACAACAUAUGCUCUUAUUGACUCCCUCACAGAAUACACGAAGGCCGUGUACACACUUCUAUCCAUACAUAAAAAAUAUACAUCUCUUCUGGAUAAGAUGAACUCAAGUGAAGAAAGUGCAAUUUGGCAGGUGAUCAUUGGGGCACGUGUGCAGAUGAAAAAGUUACAAGAAGAAUACCUGAAGUAUGAGGCCAGCUGGGCACGUGCUGUCAGUCUUUCAGAGAUGGCAGCAGAAGCUGCUUACCACGCUGGAGCAGACCAUGCCGCUGUAACGGUAAGGAACCACAUACAGUUGGUGCAGAUUCAAGUGCAAGAGACCCGUGAGCUUGCUCAAAAAGCAGAGGCCCUACUGACUGCCUCUCAGUCAGAAGAAAUUAUGAAGACUAUUACAGAAGACAAAAACCAUUCACCUGAUGGAGGCAGUCCUUCUGAAGAAGUUCCUGAAGCUUAUAUGCGUGAAGAUUGAACCAUUUUUUAUUAUUUUGUUUUUUGCUUCUCCCAAACACACAGAACAAACUACUAAUUUUACGUUGUACUACUGAUCGGCUAUGUACUAAUAAUGAGGACACAGUCCCUGCUGGAUUCCCUGCCAGUGAAAAUGUAUCUGCCUCAGAAGAUCCCUCCCUGUGCUGUGAUCUAUUCAUGGAAACUGUCACAUUGUGCAUCCCUUGGUGCUGAAGCCGUAUAUGAUGUUUUCUUACUAUUUCUUCUCUUCUUAUAACCUAUGUCCUUCCUUCACCCGCACAAGCACAGUUUGCUAUAAAAUGUGGGUGUUUUGCUGAAGACAAUGAGGGCAGUUGCACUUAUAUGGUACAGUUUGUGUCCAGUCCAUAUGACCGCCUCACACAAGAGACUAUGGGGGUCAUUUAUCAUGACAGCCCCCCCCCCCCCCCCCCCCGCGCCUCCCUAGGCCAGAAGCUAGCUU